CGCCCAACCAGCCGUGAUGUCCGCGCGCGCCGGAGGCUUCCUCCCGCCGCGGCCCCGGGCCCUGGCGCCGGCCGCGCCUCUGCUGCUGCUGCUGCUGUUGCUCCUGCUGUUGGACGCCGGCGGCGGGCGCGGGGGCGUCUGGGCCCAGGAGCCGGGGUCGGCGGCGGACGUUGACCCCGCGGCCGACGGCGGGGACGGGCAGGACCCGCACGCCAAGCACCUGUACACGGCCGACAUGUUCACGCACGGCAUCCAGAGCGCCGCGCACUUCGUCAUGUUCUUCGCGCCCUGGUGUGGACACUGCCAGCGGCUGCAGCCUACCUGGAACGACCUGGGAGACAAGUACAACAGCAUGGAGGACGCCAAGGUGUACGUGGCCAAGGUCGACUGCACAGCCAGCUCGGACGUGUGCUCCGCCCAGGGUGUGCGUGGGUACCCCACCUUGAAGUUUUUCAAGCCUGGCCAAGAAGCUGUGAAGUACCAGGGUCCCCGGGAUUUUCAGGCCCUGGAAAACUGGAUGCUGCAGACGCUGAACGAGGAGCCCCCCACACCGGAGCCCGAGGUGGAGCCACCCCGAGCCCCCGAGCUCAAGCAGGGCCUGUACGAGCUCUCGGCCGGCAACUUUGACCUGCACGUGGCACAAGGAGACCACUUUAUCAAGUUCUUCGCCCCGUGGUGUGGUCACUGCAAAGCUCUGGCUCCGACCUGGGAGCAGCUGGCUCUGGGCCUUGAACAUUCCGAAACUGUCAAGAUUGGCAAGGUUGACUGCACACAGCACCAUGAACUCUGCUCAGGAAACCAGGUCCGAGGUUAUCCUGCUCUCCUCUGGUUCCGAGACGGUAAAAAGGUUGAUCAGUACAAGGGGAAGCGGGAUCUGGAGUCGCUGAGGGAGUACGUGGCAUCGCAGCUCCAGAGCACGGAGAGGGGCGCCCCGGAGCCCAUCCAGCCCUCGGAGGCCCCCACGCUGGCCACUGAGCCCGCGGCCGACCAGGGCACUGUGUUGGCACUGACGGAAAAUAACUUCGAUGACACCAUCGCAGAAGGCAUAACCUUCGUCAAGUUUUAUGCCCCGUGGUGUGGGCAUUGUAAGAGCCUGGCUCCUACCUGGGAGGAACUCUCUAAAAAGGAAUUCCCUGGCUUGGCGGGGGUCAAGAUCGCCGAGUUGGACUGCACUGCGGAACGGAACAUCUGCAGCAAGUACUCGGUACGAGGUUAUCCCACAUUGCUGCUUUUCCGCGGAGGCAAAAAAGUCAGCGAGCACAGCGGGGGCCGAGACCUGGAUUCCUUGCACCACUUUGUCCUGCGCCAGGCGAAGGAUGAACUGUGAGCUCGGCUGGAAGCUGUCUCCUGCCUGGCCCUGGGCAGGAGCUCAGUCCUGCGGCCGCUGCCCGGUCCCUUGCGGUGGUGACUCAGAGAUCCGAACGCACUAAACUUGUGCUAUCUUCUC